CCUCUUCUUUAAUGGCUGAGAAACCUCCACAUGUCUACCGUUUCCCCAUGUUUUUUUAUGCUUUAUAGGUGAUAUUGAAUGAACUCAUUAACUAUCAUUAUUCUGCUAGCCCAGUGCUGAAGCUCUCCCCAUCAUGAGAAGCCUCUGUGUUGAGCCCUUUCAAAAUCUCAGUGUUGUUGAUACUGGUGCGAGGAGAGCUUUCACCCACUGCUCUCCAUGGAAGACCAAUCAUAAGCACGAAGCUGUCCUUUCGUUCCCUCUUUCCAGCCCCAACCGUAAAUCACUCAGUAUUUGCCUCUCCUCUUCUGCAAAUCUACCGGUAAUGAUGGAGGAGAAGAAGCAAACUUUUGAUGCGAGUGAAGCUGCUUUUCUAGUGAAGGAACUAAAUGAAAACUUCAGAGCUGGCAAGACAAAGAGUUACGAGUGGAGAGUGUCACAAUUGAAGGGUAUUGAAAAGAUGGUUGUGGAAAGGGAGAAGGAUAUUUGUGAAGCCCUUUAUAAGGACCUCUCUAAGCCUGAAUAUGAAGCCUUUGUUUCUGAGAUUUCUAUGGUAAGAUCAUCUUGCGAGGAGGCACUUAAAGAAUUGAAACAGUGGAUGAAGCCAGAAAAGGCCAAAACCUCAAUGGCAACCUAUCCUUCUUCAGCGGAAAUUGUGUCAGAACCUCUCGGAGCUGUGUUGGUCAUCUCAACUUGGAACUACCCAUUUUCGUUGUCAGUUAAACCAGUCGUUGGGGCUAUCACAGCUGGAAAUGCUGUGGUAUUAAAACCUUCAGAAAUUGCUCCUGCUACUUCUGCACUGCUUUCAAAAUUAUUUGAGGAAUAUCUAGACAGAUCUGCUGUACGAGUAGUUGAGGGAGGUGUUCUUGAAACAACUGCAUUGCUUGAUCAGAAGUGGGACAAAAUAUUCUACACAGGUCUUGUAAAUAGGAUGUCCAUUUCUCCAAUAUUAUGUCUAAAAUGCUUGCAUUUUUCGUAUAGUUUCAUUCUUGUGUUUCGAAACACCAUGUAUCUUGAUGGUAAGAAGCGCAGUUCAACUUCAGUCAUCACCACCGAUGAGAUAUCUGCAUGUGUUUUCGGUACAAAAAAUUUCAUAUUAUAUCAUCUGUUUUCAACUAACUUAUGCAUUGCAUAUCUUUCCCCGCAACUUGUGAUACAGAUUUCUAUGGUAAGAUCAUCUUGCGAGGAGGCACUUAAAGAAUUGAAACAGUGGAUGAAGCCAGAAAAGGCCAAAACCUCAAUGGCAACCUAUCCUUCUUCAGCGGAAAUUGUGUCAGAACCUCUCGGAGCUGUGUUGGUCAUCUCAACUUGGAACUACCCAUUUUCGUUGUCAGUUAAACCAGUCGUUGGGGCUAUCACAGCUGGAAAUGCUGUGGUAUUAAAACCUUCAGAAAUUGCUCCUGCUACUUCUGCACUGCUUUCAAAAUUAUUUGAGGAAUAUCUAGACAGAUCUGCUGUACGAGUAGUUGAGGGAGGUGUUCUUGAAACAACUGCAUUGCUUGAUCAGAAGUGGGACAAAAUAUUCUACACAGGGAGUCCAAGAGUAGGGCGCAUUGUCAUGACUGCUGCAGCAAAGCACCUUACUCCUGUUGUCCUAGAACUUGGAGGGAAAUGCCCAGCUGUUAUUGAUUCUGAUGUUGACUUACAAGUUACUGUCAGGAGGAUCAUUGCAGGCAAGUGGCAAUUGAAUAAUGGACAAGCUUGCAUUAGUGUUGAUUAUAUCAUAACAACAAAAGAGUUUGCCCCAAAGUUGAUAGAUGCACUAAGGAAAGGGAUAGAGGAAUUUUUUGGAACAGAUCCAAUGGAAUCGAAAGACAUAUCCUGUAUUGUGAGCUCAAAUCAUUUUUCACGUUUGGAAAGUCUCAUGGAUGAUUACAAGGUUUUCUACAAAAUUGUUGUUGGAGGACAAAGGAAUCAGAAGAAAUUAAAGAUUGCUCCAACAAUAUUCUUAGAUGUUCCUGGAGACUCUCAACUGAUGCAGGAAGAGAUAUUUGGGCCAUUGCUUCCUAUUAUCACUGUUGAAAAUGUGAAAGACAGUAUUGAUCUGAUAAAUUCAAAACCAAAGCCUCUUACUGCAUAUCUCUUCACCAACAAUGAGAAGCUAAAGAAUAACUUUGUGCAAAGUGUGUCCUCUGGAGGAAUGGUCAUCAAUGACACUGUGCUGCAUGUUACAGUUUCCAGUUUACCCUUUGGAGGAGUUGGGGAGAGUGGAAUGGGAUCAUACCAUGGUAAAUUUUCUUUUGAUGCUUUCAGUCACAAGAAGGCAGUUCUGUACAGAAGUUUCAGUGGAGAUACAUCCGUCAGAUAUCCACCAUAUACACCAGAAAAGCAGAAGCUAGUUAGGGCUGUGAUGAAUGGUGGCAUAUUUGACAUAAUUCUUGCUUUCAUGGGAUGGUCUAGAGAUUGAACACAUGACUCAAAGACCGGUUCCUUCUUGUGGUGGUUACCCUCUCUCUUGAAUGUGUAUUUUCUCAAGUCCCAUCUAAUCAAUACUUAUGAGAUAAUUAUUGUCUGAUUAGCAGCCAACUGCACCAUUACUUUUAGAUAGUUAGAGAGCACCCAUUCAAGGGAGAGUGUCCUGUUGUCGGAACUGGUAUUAUCAGAACAAAAUGGGGAAAAACAAUUUGUAACAGGUACAAUAUCAUUUGAAGGGCCACGUUCCAGUGAUUUGAAAUUGUAAAUUAUAUUUGAACUUGGAAUCUUACAUGAAUAUUUAGCCUCGUAAAAGUGAUCAGACAUGUUAUCUU